AUGAGGUCUGUGAUCCUGUUUGCUCUUUUGAGUGGGGUUUUUGCCGCUCCGUUCGUGAAGGAGGAAGAGGCAAAGCGCUUCAUCAGGCUGAAGAGACAGUCAGGAUACUGGGAUCCACACAGCUCUCAGAACCAGUGGGGUUACACAGUUCAGGAACAGGCUAACGAGUACUGGACAGCACUACGAACAGAUGCUCAGUACUACAUGGACAUGGGUAACAUGAUGUUCGACCGCUCGGUGGCAACGGAAAACAACCGGCUGUAUAUGGAGAUGCUGCGCAAUGCACGAGCUCACCUGGACAGUCUGCAGGGUACACACAGAUAAAAAACUAGUGAGAACUAAUGAACUAACUAACUAAAUGAGAGAUACAGAAAAGAGCAGAAAUCAAAUUGUAGACAAAAUAACAUUGUGCUUCUUAGUGGUUAAAGCUCAAACAUUUAACCUCAUCUGCACAUAUUCUGAUCCUCAACCAUGAACUACUUUCAUGAAGGAAUAUAUUAGUUUUACCUUUAAAACUAUAGUGUAUCCAUAUAAACUGGUUUACUGGGUUUAAAUGGUUAAAGGUUGUUAACUUGAGUUGAACUGAAUGUCCUUAAUAUAAAAAUAAAAAAUACAGGACAAUGGUUUUAUAUAUUAAUUUUGUGAGCAGUUUUAAAAGAUAAUUUCUUAUUUUAGAACAAUAAUGCCUGCAGUCAGUUUAUUGAAUAAAAGUUUGAAUC